AUGAAAGACGAGAAAGAGAAGAAGUCCUUGCGACCCGUAGCCUUCGUGGCGGUGGUCUUCUCGACAGUGGCCAUCACGAGUUGUCUGGUCACGUUCCCGCUCAUCCUGCACUACAUCCAGACGCUCGAGUCUCAGGUGCAGCUUGACCUCGAGUUCUGUCAGGCUCGUGCUCGCGACAUGUGGAAGGAAAUGCUGGACAUCGAGACUGGCGGCAAGAAAAAUCCUGGCAAGCUCGCCGACAUCAUUCUCAACCAUCGCCGCCUCGAAAAACGGUUAGCUCUAACUUCAUAAUCUUUCUUCUUGUUUGAAUUUUUUUGAAUAUUUUCCUGUAAAAAAGUCAUUGAUUUCAGAGACACGCUAGCCGAUUUCUGGUCGCGAAGACUCCACGACCAGGAGCUGCGCGACCAACCUGUCGGCUACGACACGCCUUCAGCCGGAGUCGACAGCUUCGAGAACGGCAGCGGUGGUGGCUGCUGCACUUGCCACCGUGGACCACCAGGCCCUGCCGGAGACGCCGGAAGAGACGGAGUCGACGGAAUCGACGGCACUCCUGGAGAGAUCGGAGCUCCUGGAGCUCCAGCGCCGCCAGGUCCAGACCCGCUUUCGCUCUUCCCACCACAAUGUCCAUGCGAAGCACCACCUGGGGAGCCUGGACCAAAAGGUCAGCCAGGACCAGAUGGACCACCUGGAGCGCCUGGUAACUCUGGAGAAGACGGAAAGCCUGGAGAUCAAGGACCUCGAGGUCCUCCGGGCAUUCCCGGAGCUCCUGGACAGCCUGGAAGACCAGGAACUCCUGGAGAGCCGGGAACCUACAAGUAAGAAAUUUACCUGAUUUUUUUUUCUUUGAACUUUGAAAACCAUUCAGUGUUUGAAAAAAAAUUUCAUACUUAUACUGAGCUGUACAAAUUUUUAACACUACAUUAGGAGAAACUUUUUUGGAUUGAAAUAGAACUUUAUUUGGUUUUUCGAAUUCUUUUGAAACGAAAAUUCACUACCGACCUUUGAUUUUUUCACUAUCUCCAAUCGAUUAAUAUCAAUAUCAUGAGAAACAAAAAAUUCAAGUUCUGUUUUAACUUCCUGUGAUUUAUUGUUUUUAGCUACUGCAAAAAAAAGAACUCGUCUUAUCACACUAUUUUUUUCGUAGCUAAAUCAAAAAAUUUCAGAACGGAAGUCGGACCAGCAGGACGACCAGGAUCUCCAGGAAGACCCGGACCACCCGGUCAGCCAGGUCCCAACGGACCUCCUGGAGAAGACGGCAAACCAGGAGCCCAAGGACCAUCAGGUCUUCCUGGAAGUCCAGGCCAGCCAGGACAAAACGGACAGUCGGGACCCGUCGGAGCCGCCGGCGAAAACGGAGCUCCUGGAAGCUGCGACCACUGUCCUCCGGCCAGACUCGCCCCAGGCUACUGA